AAACCCUAAUUUUCCAUGUCUAAGUUUCCUCAAAAAUUAAUUAGUCCUCUUUUAAUUUCGAACAGCACCAAUGUACUACAAUGGAGUCUAUCACCUCUUCUAUCAGUACAAUCCCAAAGGAGUUGUCUGGGGAAACAUAGUGUGGGCCCACUCAGUGUCGAAAGACCUAAUAAACUGGACACCAUUAGAGCCCGCAAUUUACCCAUCGAAGCCCUUCGACAAAUACGGGUGCUGGUCCGGGUCGGCAACACUCCUACCCGGAAACAAACCCGUUAUCCUCUACACCGGAAUCGUCGACGACAAAAAAACCCAAGUCCAAAACUACGCUAUCCCGGCUAAUCUAUCCGACCCGUAUCUCCGCGUAUGGAUUAAGCCGGAUAACAAUCCCUUGAUCGUCGCGGAUAAAUCCAUCAACAGCACCUUCUUCCGCGACCCGACGACUGCAUGGCUUGGCGGCGACGGCAGCUGGAGAAUCUCCAUUGGAGGGCAGAGUGAAUCUAAUAAUAAUAUUAAUGAGUUGAGUACCGGCGUUUCGUAUUUGUACAGAAGCAAGGAUUUUUUGAAGUGGGAGAAAGCCGAACGCCCGCUGCAUGCAUCGAACGGUACCGGGAAUUGGGAAUGCCCGGAUUUCUAUCCGGUUUCGGUUUCGGGUACAAGUGGAUUAGAUACUUCUGUUGUGGGGCCCAACGUGAAGCACGUGAUGAAAGUGAGUUUGGAUGUCACGAGGUUCGAGUACUACACUUUGGGUACGUACGAUGUUGGAAAAGACAGAUAUGCCCCUGAUCCGGACAUGGUCGAUGGGUCGAACGGGCUGAGGUACGAUUACGGAAACUUCUACGCGUCGAAAUCUUUCUUCGACCCGAUUAAGAAUAGAAGGAUUCUUUGGGGUUGGGCUAAUGAAUCUGAUACUACUGAUAAUGACGUCAGCAAGGGUUGGGCUGGUGUUCAGCUAAUUCCACGAACGAUUGUUCUUGAUCCGAACGGAAAGCAAUUGCUGCAAUGGCCUAUUGAAGAAGUGGAAACCCUAAGAGGGAACAAGGUGGAAUUGAGCAAUAAGAUUCUCAACAAGGGCGAAAGUGUCGAAAUAAAAGGAAUAACAGCUGCACAGGCUGACGUGGAUGUAACCUUCUCGUUCGAAAGCUUGGAUAAAGCCGAGCCGUUCGAUCCAAGCUGGGAUAGAUAUGAUGCACAAAAGCUUUGCGGCCAAAAGGGUUCGACCGUUGAAGGCGGAUUAGGACCGUUUGGACUAUUGACAUUGGCUUCACAGAAUCUUGAGGAAUAUACUCCCGUCUUCUUCAGAAUAUUCAGAAAUCAAGACAAGCAUAUAGUGCUUAUGUGCUCCGAUGCAUCAAGGUUAAUAUCUACAUAUAUAUUUAUUUUCUUGCAUAAUUUUAUAGUACAAUAUACAUAUAUCAAGGUAAUCUUUGUUGACUGCAGGUCAACCUUAAUGGAUGGUAAGUCGCAUAUAAAAGAUGGGAAGGAUGCGUACAGACCCUCGUUUGCAGGAUUCGUAAAUGUGGACUUGAAAGAAAACAAGCUUUCUCUCAGGAGUUUGAUCGAUAAUUCGGUAGUGGAGAGCUUUGGAGCGGGAGGAAAGACGUGCAUUACGUCUAGGGUUUAUCCGACUCUGGCAGUACAAGAAAACGCACAUUUGUAUGCAUUCAACAAUGGCACUCAGAGAGUGAAGAUUGAUAGUUUGAAUGCUUGGAGCAUGAGUAAGCCAUUGCAGAUGAAUGAUUGAGAGAUAUAUGGACUCUAUAGAUAGAUAUUUUAU